AUACAUAACACAGUGCAUCAUUGAAAGUGACUUGCAGAGAUUAAUUCCGAAUAACUUCCUGUCUUUCUUUCUUUAAUUUCAUACAACUAUGCCUAGGAUUUAUACAGUCAAGACAGGGAAUGGAACAAGUCUCCAUUGUUUUUAACAACACCAAUUGGCACUCUCUCAUGAGAGCCGGCUCUCUUCUGUCCUCCUCUUACCUUAAAAAUACUCCAAUCCAACCUCCUCCUCCAAUUCCUCUCUUCAUUGGUUUUAUCUUUCCCUAGUACCAUCAAGAAUCACAGUGAAAGAACCUGUAGCGUAAAACAGAAACUUCAAGAAUCCAUUCGGAGCAUAUCGAGAUCACCUGUACAGUAAUAGCCAGGUAGGUCACUUGGCUCACUGGAAGAGAAAUGGACAGGCUUAUUGGUUUGGAGCCAUCGAAUCUUGUAUCUAUCAGAAUUGAACCUGGACAGAAAUGCUAUGGUGAACUCACUCUCCGCAAUGUUAUGUACACUAUGCCGGUGGCCUUCAGGAUCCAGGCCUUGAACAAGACUCGGUACACGAUCAAGCCACAGUCAGGAAUCAUAUCUCCUCUGGCAACACUAACUAUAGAGAUCACAUAUCAUCUCUCUCCAGGUUCUCUUCUUCCGGAGACAUUUCCUCACUGUGAGGACUCGUUUCUUUUGCAUAGCGUGGUGGUUCCUGGCGCAGCAAUCAAAGAUGCUACAUCAAGUAUGGAUGCUGUUCCUAUUGACUGGUUCACAGCCAGGAAAAAACAGGUGUUCAUAGACAGUGGUAUCAAGGUCAUGUUUGUUGGGUCGCCAAUUCUUGCUCAUCUAGUUAUGGAUGGCUUAAUGGAUGAGAUCAGAGAAGUACUUGAGCAUAGUGACCCGGCAUGGAAUCCAGCUGAUGCGGUUGAUUUUCAUGGGAAAACAUUACUUCAUAUAGCCAUCUCUCAAAGCCGAGCAGACAUUGUACAGUUACUUCUUGAAUUUGAGCCGGAUGUGGAGUUUCAAAGCCGAUCAGGGUGUAGUCCACUUGAGGCAGCUGCAAGAUCUGGUGAGGCUUUGAUUGUUGAGCUUUUAUUAGCUCGUCGAGCCAGCACAGAAAGAUCACAGUCCUCAACUUGGGGUCCAAUCCACCUUGCAGCUGGAGGGGGCCAUUUGGAGGUGCUAAGGCUUCUUUUACUUAAAGGAGCCAAUGUCAACGCUCUCACUAAGGAUGGAAAUACCGCCUUGCAUCUUGCUGUCGAGGAGCGUAGACGCGAUUGCGCACGCCUUUUGCUAGCUAGUGGAGCAAAAGCUGAUGUUCGCAAUAAUGGAGAUGGUGAUACACCCCUGCACAUAGCUGCAGGGUUGGGAGAUGAGAACAUGGUCAAGCUGCUGUUACAUAAAGGUGCCAAUAAAGACAUCCGCAAUAAGAACGGCAAGAUUGCCUAUGAUAUUGCUGCAGAAUAUGGCCACGCUCGCCUUUUUGAUGCCUUGAAAUUGGGUGACAGUUUAUGCAUAGCUGCACGUAAGGGAGAGGUGAGGACUAUAAACAGGUUGAUUGAAAACGGGGCAGCAAUCAAUGGCCGUGACCAACACGGAUGGACUGCAUUGCAUAGAGCUGCAUUCAAAGGAAAAACCGAUGCUGUGCGGGUUUUGAUUGAAAAGGGAAUUGAUGUCGAUGCAAAGGAUGAAGAUGGUUACACUGCAUUGCAUUGUGCGGUGGAGUCUGGUCAUGCAGAUGUGAUUGAGUUGUUGGUUAAGAAAGGGGCGGACGUUGAAGCAAGGACUAAUAAGGGUGUUACUGCUUUACAGAUUGCUGAGUCUUUGCACUAUGUGGGCAUCAUCAGAGUGCUCAUUCAUGGCGGAGCAGCUAAAGAUGGCGUCACACAAUUGGUGGUUCCGGCUUUACACUCUCCUUUCAGGAAUGGCAUGGCAGGGAAAGAUGUGGAGACCAAACCAAUGAAGAAGAGACCAUUAAGGGCAAGAACAUUGCGUGGUAGCUUUGAUAGGGCAAUGCCAUUAACCGUGGUUUAGGUAUAGAAUGGAUUGGGAUAUGAGUUUUUUGCUUCCUCACAUUUUAGAACACAAAUUGCAGUAGUUUUCAUCUUGGGGGUUUAAAGAUUUGUGGAAGAAGUUGUAGACUCAUUCACAUAUAUAUGUUCAUUUCUAUUACCAAGGUAUAAAUUUAUACAUACAUUAACGCUA